CCCCAUCCCUGGGGGCUUCACCCCUUGCCCUUCCCCAGCAGUUGCUCAGGGCUCCUGAUUUGGGGCUCAGGGCACCCCUGGGCUCAGCCUGUGCACUUACCCCUCUGCAGUGCUCUCCGUGAGCCCAGGGCUGAGCCAGGGCUCAGCAAGGACUGCAGGCACCCCCACAGGGCUGCAGCACGUGGGGUGCAAAGAGGAAAGGAAAGGCUGAAGGGGGAGCCCCAGAGUGUGUAAUGAGGGGGUCCCGCAGAGGGGCUGGGAUCAGCCCCGGGGGUCCUGGUAUGGGGGUGGGAUCAGUCACGGGUGGGUGAGCAACCCCCAGGUGUGCAGCGGGGGUCCCGAAUGGGGGGGGAUCGGUCACGGGUGGGUGUCGCCGUGCGAGGGGCAGCCCCGCCGCCGAGCCCCGGGGCGGGGGGUGGUCGCGGCGGGCAGGGCGGGGCGGGGCGGCGGGGUUAUGUAAGGCGGCGAUUACCGGGGACGGGGCUCGGGGCGCGGCCGGGCGGCGCCGCGAUGGGAGCGACGAGCAGCGGCCCCGGCUCGACCCCGGCUCCGGUGCGGUCCCCCCAGGUGCGUGCGGCGGCAUCAGCCCCGGGGAUCCCCCUGGGCAUCUCCCGCCCCGGGAUCCUCUCGCUGACGCUGUCCCCGGUUCCGCAGGGCCGAACCGUGGGGUCGUGGGUGCGGGCGCUGUUGAGCCGAGCAGGGUCGGUGCCGGUAUCGGUACCGGUGCCGGUACCGGGGCUCGCCUUGGCCCCGCGGGGCCCCGCCGAGGAGCCGCCGCUGCCCGGGUGGCCGCUGCCGCAGCUCGUCUCGUUGUUCCUGCCGGAGUUCCCCGUCCGCCCCUCCGCCCGCCAGCAGCAGCUCAAGAUCCUGGGCUUCGUGGCCAAAGGCUCCUUCGGGACCAUCCUCAAAGUGCUGGACUGUGGGAGGGAGAAGGUCUGCGCCGUGAAGGUUGUGCCCAAAGUGGAGGUGCUGCGCCGUGACACCCUCAAACAGUGCAAAGAAGAAGUCAGCAUCCAGAGGCAGGUCAGGCACCCGUUUGUCCACGGGCUGGGGGACAGCUGGCAGGGCCAGCGCCACCUCUUCAUCAUGUGCACCUACUGCAGCACCGGGGACCUGCACGCGCUGUGGCGCGCGGCCGGCUGCUUGGCCGAGGCCACCGUCCGCCUGUUCGCUGCUGAGCUGGUGCUGGUGCUGGUGUACCUCCACGACCUGGGCAUCAUGCACAGAGACGUCAAGUGCCUGUCUCCUUUCAGAUGGAGAACAUCCUCCUGGAUGAGAGAGGGCACCUCAAGCUCACGGAUUUCGGCCUCUCCCGGUACCUGCAGUGGGGCGAGCGAGCCCACACAAUCUGUGGCACCCUGCAGUACAUGGGUAAGGGGAGCUGUGCUGGGAGGGCUGUGCUGGGGGGCGCAGACCCCCAGGUGCUCACCCAGCCUCCCCACAGCCCCAGAGGUGCUGAGUGGGGGGCCCUACAGCCAUGCAGCCGACUGGUGGUCCUUGGGAGUCCUGCUCUUUGCUCUGGCCAGUGGGGAGUUCCCUGUGGCUCCAGCGGGGGACCAUGUGGCCAUGCUGGAACGUGUCAAACAGAGCAGCUACGAGAGCCCACCUGAGUUCAGCCCCGAGCUGGCUCGGCUGCUCGCCGAGCUGCUGUGCCACAACCCCCUGUACCGCCUGCGCUACCUCCACCACUUUCAGGGCCACCCCUUCUUCCGCGGGGUGGCCUUCGACGCUGACCUGCUGCAGAAGGACCCGGUGGUGGUGGCAGUGGCCCCGCGACCCCCCGAGCAGCCCCCACCCGACCCUGCCACUUUCGCCGACUUUGACUACGACCUCGCCGCCCCCCCGGACCGGCCCUGGCCUGGCUGAGCCACCACGGCUGGGACCCUCGGCAUCGCUCAGGGACAUCCCCCCACCCCGGCAGCGGGUCGGACCCUGCUGGGCCGGGUCCCCUAAGGGGUUACCCGGAUACCCCCCGAUCUCAUCCCCGGGUACCUCAACUCUGUACCUCUCCCCGCGGGAGCAAUAAACCCGAGAGCCGCGGGCACUGCUGCGAGCGCUGCCCUGACUCGUGGUGGGGAAAGCGGGACCAGCGGAGCGGGGGCGUGGGGCUGGACGCCCUCCCUCGGGGCGGGGUUGGAGCAGGUCUGGGGGACCGUGUGGGGUGGUUUCCCGGGGGCAGGCGAUGCGGGAGGAGCUGAGUCCGCCUGCCCG